AUGAAUAAGGACAAAAUUAAGAAGACUCAGCUGCUCAGUGACUUGGGCAGGUUUAAAGGAAAAAAGAUAACAAUAACUUUUAUCGAUGGGAAGUCUAUUACAGGAAAGCUUACGUCAUUCGAUGAUGUUGGCAACUGCGUAUUAAGAAGGUGUGGGGACUGGAAUUAUGGCAAUACCGUAGUAUGCUUGGGAAGGAGCAUAGUUCUUGUCUGUAUGAAUACUCCAUACAUCCUAUGA